AUGAACGAGCUAGUCGAUAUCAACUCUGAUCUUGCAGAUCGGUACGAAUGUUUGAUCAAACCCAAGCCAUUGACCACCAUCACCCCGGUUGCAUCCGACAUUACAAACAAAAUCUUCCUGAUGGAUUCCCCAGAACCGAGCCCUCUGGAGACCGCUUUGCCAUCCUCAUCAGCUUCCACCGACGAGACUGAUGAUAUGGGCCAUGUGGCUAGCGACGACGACGUCGAUUACGUCGAUUACGACGAGAUCUCUCUCGAAGAUCCGCUUGACAUCGAGCGACAGAACCCCACCCCAGCCGACGCCCUCCCCUCUCCAGAACUGGGGAUCUACGAAUCUGUCCCACAGACACCCAUUCUCGUCUCUGGUCCUAUCCCAGCACUGGAGGGUUAUCCGCCAAGUCCUCGCCCCAAUGCCCGAAAGAUUCCCUCCCGUGCUCGUCCCAAACCCGAACUCAGCGCCUACGAGAAGGAGGUGGCCUUGCAUAGGCGUCGCAUGAAGGAACGAGAGGAAGAAGACAUCAUGAUUUCUGCUGGAUUUAGGAUGGAGGAGGCACUUAUCACCAGCGCAGAGUUGUGGCUUUACCGUCAUAAGCCGUUCCAGGAGUAUCGAGUCAAUGAUCCGAGCCCUUUGAGAAAAUGCUGGGUUAAGGGCUUCGAGUAUGACCUGGAUGAGUUCGAUCUCUACGCAGGAUUGUGGGAGCCUUGGGAGGUAGCCUAA